ACACAGCAGCGCGUCUUCUCCUCUCACGAAGGAUGUCUCACUCCCUCUCCUCGCGUGUAAAAUUCAUUUGUUUUCGAGCAUGACAUGUCUGUUUCGGCGUCCGUUUCCUCUUUCUGAAACUUGAAGAGGAAAGCGGAGCAGCAUUGCCGCGGGAACCGUCCGUCCAGACGCUUCGAGGGGCUCGGAAGCUGGAUUCCACUGGAGGGGAAAUGGAACUUAUUAACCGAUAUUGGAAUAAAUAAAGAACCCGUCCUCGGAUAGCACACGUCUGCCGAUUGAGAGCUCCUCACAAGGGCGGAGACUGACGGAUGUUUGGCUGGGCAGAGUCUGAGAGACAUGGGGAGGUGUGUGUCCUACCAGUGUGUCCUCUUCUCCUUGCUCAUCGACUGACCACAUGUCUGUGGCAAUGAGGAAGAGUCCAGAGCUGACGCUGCAGAGGUGUGAAGAUGGAGUCCUGACCUACCCCUCGUAGUGGUCACCCUGCUUACUGUUGUCCAUUUCAGUUGUCGGAGUGGGAGAAAGAGUGGUGAGCCCGUGAGUGAACCUAUGGCAGAACACAGUGCAGGUCUCUAUGUGUGACUCUACCAUGGACCACAUCAUCUGCUACCUGCUGGUCCUGGGAGCCACAGUGAUGAUCACCCAUGCCUGCCCCAAGUACUGUGCUUGCCAGAAUCUCUCCGAGUCCCUGGGUACAUUAUGUCCCGCCAAAGGCCUUCUUUUUGUGCCGCCGGACAUCGACCGCAGCACGGUAGAACUCCGGCUCGGGGGGAACUAUAUCCUCCGGAUCACGCAGCAGGACUUUGCCAACAUGAGCGACCUGGUGGACCUGACCCUGUCCAGGAACACUAUCAGCUACAUCCAGCCUUUCUCUUUCGGUGACUUAGAAACUCUGCGAUCGCUUCAUCUGGACAACAACCGCCUGUCUGAGCUCGGACCGGAUGACCUGCGAGGUCUGGUGAAUCUUCAGCACCUCAUUGUGAAUAACAACCAGCUGGGGUAUAUUCAUGACAAAGCCUUUGAGGACUUGGCUCCGGCCUUGGAGGACCUCGACCUGUCGUACAACAAUUUAAAGUCUUUGCCUUGGUUCUCAGUCAAACAGAUGAUCAACCUGCACCAACUCAGUUUGGAUCACAAUCUGUUGGACUUCAUCCCAGAGGGCACCUUCACUGACUUGGAAAGGUUAGCAAGACUGGAUCUGACGUCUAAUCGACUGCAGAAGCUACCCCCUGACCCCACCUUUGCACGGGCCCAGGACUCGAUCAGCUUGACCACCCCCUACGCCCCUCAACUCUCCCUGAGCCUGGGCGGGAACCCGCUACACUGCAACUGUGAAAUGCUGUGGCUGCGGCGACUUGAGCGGGACGACGACCUGGAGACCUGUGCCUCGCCCACGGCGCUUAAGGGUCGGUACUUUUGGAAUAUAAAAGAGGAAGAGUUUUUGUGCCAGCCACCUUUGAUCACACAGCACACGCACAGAAUGCUGGUGUUGGAGGGCCAGACUGCUAGUCUACGCUGUGAGGCCACCGGAGACCCAACGCCUACCAUCCACUGGAUCUCUCCAGAUGACCGGCUACUCGGCAACUCCUCCCGCACCGAAGUCUUCUCUAACGGAACCCUCAGCAUCACCAUCACCACCUCCAAAGACUACGGCACCUUCACCUGCAUUGCCGCUAAUGUAGCCGGCGAGUCGAUCGCCUCAGUGGAGGUCUCCAUCGUCCAGCUCCCUCACCUCAGCAAUGGCACCGGGCAACCUUCCCAGCCCAAGUCUCGUCUCUCUGAUAUAACUGGCACCUCCAGAAUCAGCAAGGGAGUCUCAAAAAGUCAGCCAGAGAAGGCCGUGUCGGUCUCAGAGGUGACGGCCGUGUCAGCGCUAGUCAAGUGGACGGUGAGCAAGUCAGCGCCCAAAGUGAAGAUGUACCAGCUCCAGUACAACUGCUCUGACGACGAGGUGCUGAUCUACAGGAUGAUCCCAGCCUCCAGCAAGGCCUUCCUGGUAACUAAUUUGGUGUCGGGGACACGCUACGAUUUGUGUGUUCUGGCUGCCUGGGAUGACAGCGCAACCACUCUCACUGCCACGAAUGUUGUGGGCUGCACACAGUUCUACACCCAGGAGGACUACGCCCAGUGCCGGUCUGUGUCUAGUCAGUUGGUUGGAGGUACCAUGAUCCUGGUGGUGGGUGGCAUCAUAGUCGCGACUCUGCUGGUGUUCAUCGUCAUCCUCAUGGUUCGCUACAAAGCCACCGACAACGAACCUCCGCCCGGGAAGCUUAGCGUCAGCGACACUCACUCGCAAACAAACGGUGGACGACUCGGUCAGAACGGGAUCCUGAUGCUCCAGUCUCAACCGCCGCCGGAGCCUAAAAUCCGGGCCAAAGUCACAAUGCAGGACGAGGUUGUGGAGUUCAAGUGUGGAUCCUUGCAGAGCAGCCUCACAUCAUCCUCCUCGUCCUCGGGCUCCACGGUCGGUGGGUCGUACAGCCCUAACAGCACACUUGCAAACAUUCUUCGCUCAGCUCCCACCAUGCCACGUACUAACCUAGACAACCUCCUCGGGGCGUUGACCUCGCUGGAGCUGCGGGGGAGUCUGGGCCGAGACCAGGCCUCGUCCAGUAACACUACAAAAGUGGCGGCGAAGCCACGCACGGAUCGUGAGCCGUUGCUCGGCAGGACCCUAGACUCAAGUCUGAGCCGGCUGCUCAUGCUUCCUUUGGACUCCAAACCGAAACGAAGCCAGUCUUUCGACAUGGGAGAUGUUUCAGGAGCCUCUCAGCAGUGCAGCAAGCCACGCAGACUCAGCAGCAUCUGGACUAAAAGAAGCCUGUCUGUGAAUGGGAUGCUGCUGCAGUGUGAUGAGGAGGGGGACACGGGAGGGAGCAAGGGGACCCUUGACAGUGCUGACUGGGUGAUGGAGAGUACUGUGUAGAACAUCUGCACUGCCUAACAGCUGCUCGGAGAGUUUUUGUUGUGCAUGAAACACACUUGUUCCACUCCACGACUCAUUGCUCCAGAAGUGACACAGGACUUCUAACUAACUCACUGUACACAGACAUGAUCGCAGUGUCACAAACUCUACAGACUGCUGUGAUCAAAUCCUAACAUCCAUGUAAAGUUUUAUAUUUUUUAUUUCUGAGAUUGAUCUUGAUCCAGUUCAAUGGUUUAUAUAAUGUGCGUGUACAUAUAUAUACUGUACAUAUAAAGAUGUGACGCUGUGGUUCUGAAGACUCUUUAAAAAAUUAUAAUCGACCAAGUUGUUUGUGAAUAUGUUGACUUUCUAUUCAGAGUAUAUAUUUAAGAAGUUACUUGCUCCGUGUCAAAUCUCCUGUCGACAUGAAAAUAUUGAGACACUGUAUAUACUGUACUGGAAAAGAAAGAUGGAGGAGAAGCAUAAGCCAAACAACAGAGGAAUAGUUCGGAUGAUGAGAUUGUGUACAUUAGAUUUAGUCUAACAAAAAUAAAUGUUUCUAUGUUUUAUUUUUGCUUUUUUCAUUUGAUUGAUUCACCCUGAAAAGACUUUAUUUUUGACAAAAUGUUGGCAACUCCUUGGUUCAGGUAAGUCCUAGCUGGGGAGCUGCACGUGUUCAGAAUGAAAUGUGAAGGUGUAAAACAAUUUUUCAGCCAUCAACGUUGUGGAAAUUGGUGAGCUAUUUUGGAGGCUGUACUGAAUAGCUGCAGAUGAGAAUUGUACCUUUGUCUCGCUGCUUUCAUCGGGUCUGGUGGAAGGGCAUUAAGAUAUAGACAGUUGUGCAGUUUCUGUGGUUUGCAACCAACCACUAUACAACAACGGUAACAGUAGAUUUUUUUUUUUUGACACUAACUACUGAGAUUUUAUUCAUUACAGAUGGCUUGUCCAGUUCCUUCCAGGCUCUAUCUAUAUUGUUUACUUUUGGUUUUGGAAGGCUUUUCCACAAAUCUUAGAGUCGAUCCUGAAGGACUUAACUCAUUACCUUCUGUCACGGAGCAGCUAUGUUUUCGACUCGGAGAUCUUCUUCGUUGCAUGUUGACACAUUAGGCAUUCAUUUCAAUGGCAAAUGUCCCCUCCUGCAGCAUGAUGCUGUAGGUUCAAUUCUCUGGACUGUCCAGCAUGUUUAAAAAGAACAUCUGGUGAAGGGUGAAGACAUGGGAUGGCGGAUCUUGGAUAAGAGUUUAAUAUCACUUUGUUUAUAUAGGACCUCAUGUGAUCAUAAGCUUGACCACUGGUGCUACAUUUUCGCUCAUGGUCACACAAGGUACUAAAGAUACCAAGUGGUGCUUGAGCCCUUGCAUCCAAACCCAUGAUUUCCCCUGAGUCCAGAAGUAGUGCAGAGGUGGAGCUUUUAAAAACGCGAUGUGAAUUAUGUCUAGACAUUAUUUGCAUCUUACUGGAAAGAGCAGUGUAUACAUUACAUCGUACGUGACUCCGAAGCGGUCAAUGGAGUGCUUCUUUCGCGACAACGGGGAGGUCAAACGUCAGGCCAUUCUUCACAGCACUCGAGAAAAACUGUCUCUUUCAAUCCGCAAAGUACCGUGGGAUUGAUGAUCCUCGUGUGAUCACGUUUACCGCAACCGCUCAGCAUCCCUGUUCCCUUGUCAUGUGUCAACAGACAAAAUCCCAUUUAUACAGUCACACCUCGAGUGACUGUCUGGUCUAAUCUUGCCUCUUUUUAGAAGAUACUUCUUGGCAUUCUUUUUCAGCAUCAAUAAAUGCUGUGGGAGGGGAUCCAUCUGGUUGAAGUGAAUUGCCCAAUAGACCUGUUCAGAGUUUAUAGUAACAGUGUUGAAAGGGUGCGCGAACAUUGUGGCAAUAGGAGUCUGGUGGAGCACAGUUUUUUGAGGCCUACCUACAAAAGACUGCAAAUUUUAUCUUCCACUGUAUUGGUCGACAUGUAAGCUGGUAGGUAGCUAGUAGGCUGAAUUCUGCGUAAAAAUGUUCGAAAAAGUCCAAUUUCAAAGAGGAAUAAUUGAGAUAAAAUAAAUGUAUGGCAAUAUUGCUGGGUAAAAAUUAUGGGUGAAAUGAGCGGCUUGGCAGAGGAUGGCGCUCUUUCGAGUGCCUUUCUAGUAUUGUGGGAUUUGUUUCUCUAUAGUGGGCUGAAGAUAACAUUUUGAAAACUGUAGGAUGUUGUAUGUGCCAGUAUCGUCAACAUCGUAUAUUCCUUCACCAUGUAUGAUGCAGUUAUGUCAAGUUCAGCCCCCCGAUCGUGCAGCACUUGGUUUUCAGGUACAGCAGUUUGUGUUCUGUUCAUUCAAAUGAGAAUUCACAUCAGCUCCCAUUUUCAUAAAUGAAGUUAAGUGUAGUUUUCCCUGAGCUCAUCUGAACUAUCUUUGUGCAGCAGCUUGGGUCUUACACUUUUGAAUCAUCCGGUGUUUUCAUUGGAAGUGUUUGUGGAAUUUCUUGAGUCAAGAAUGUUUUGCUUUCUGGUGGAGAUUCAUGUCAAGUUGGUGCUGACAACACUCCAGUCCAUAUCUGCCACCAAGACUCUCCUUUUGCCAUCAUGUGAACAGUGCGCCCCACUUGGACUGUGAGGACGUGACAACAGUGUAUAUCUGACUUGUUUGAUUGUUU